AUGUACAAGAAGGCGCUGAACGCGUUCUUCCUGAAGGUGCACCCCGACUUCUUUCACCACAAUGUGCAGCAGCAAACUGUGAACCAGAACUCAGUGGCGCAGCUCAAUGAAUUGCUUGCGUGGGCGAAGGAGUUCAAACAGGGGACUCUGCGCUCACCACCAGCUACGUCCAUCUCCUUCAGCUUCUACCGUCGCAUCGACGACAAAGAGGAUGGCAGCGCCAACGCCGCCACCAUGCAGCGGUCAGCGUGCGCAAGUGGUGCCCGAAGCAGCGGCGGUGAUCAGUCAAUGGAGUCCCUCUUCACGAAGCAAGCAGGUCAGCCCGCCGAUUGGCCGUCAGAUGGCAGUGUUUUUGACGACUCUGGCGCUGGUGGCAGCGCGUCAUCGCACCACGACUCCCAAACGGCUCUCAUCCACUCUACGUUUGAGCUUCCGCAGGGCUUUGUGGCAAGUGAGUCGAACCGUGGCCUGGUGGAGCGCGCCGUGAAUAAGUUCUUGCGCGACUUGCUGCGUCGAGCCGAGUGCAUCGACUCCGUGACAGCGUCCAUAUCAGUCGCAGAAGACGCGGCUGCGGCGCGGCGGGAGGCAAAGCCGUUGCGUCGUCGUCAUCAAACGGAUCCGCGGGUGAAGAGCAAGAGUGGCGGCAAGACCCUCCUGGACGAGGCGAGUGAGGCCAUGACGAUGCAGUGGACACUGACAAGUGUCCCCACCCUCGAGGAGCUGAUGGACGCCGAUCAGGUGCUUUUCGCCAAGACCCUGUCCCCCUUGCAGUGCUCCGCAGCGCUGCAUACCAUACGCGUCUCUCUUGGCGAGCUGCACUAUGAUCAGUGGAGCUCGAUGCCGCUGAUUAUCGAUGACCACUUCGCCAUUGGUGCCGGCAUCACAGGUGGCCUGACGAUUCCGUGGGACUUUACGGCGAUGCAGUUUAUCAGCUUCCUUCAACAGAACGCCGCCGCCAUCGCGCAGUGCCGCGCGUUAGUGACGACGCUCGCAACGGAGGUGGAGCAGCUCAUUGCAGAGCUGUGCAGGGCGCUGGAGUUGGAUGACGUUCUCAUUUCGUGUUCGCACAAGGAGGCGAUGGAUGUGCUGCGGCUGCUACAUCGCAACAAGGAGCUCCUACACGGGUACGGGCUGACAAACCUAACUAUCGAGCUUGGUAUGCAUCACGCCACGCGUGCCAACGGCGUCGUCAUCGUUGACGUGUCCAUGAAAACAAGCGAGCAGCUCCGCAAAUGGCUACAGGCGCUUCACGGCAAGCUUGACCUGCAACGCAAGCUUUACAGAGUGUCGAAGCAGAUGCUGGAGACAACAAUGUGGCACUUGAAGGAAUUCCGCGACAUGGUGGAACCAGGCGGUGUGGACGCUUUCGUAAACAACGACUGCACGUACGCGCAGCGGUUGGGGUGGGCAAAGGAGCUCUUCCGCAUUGGCCCUGCGCUGGCGCACUGGGACUGGAAGGAGUUCACGUUUCUGCUGAGCCCUGAGCUUGAUGUGGACUGGAGUCGGCGUCAGCUUCAGCUGCCACACAACUUCGACGGCGACGCCUUCGUCCGCUACGUUGAGGAUGUCCAACAAAGCGCAAAAGAGAAAGAUAAAGAGGCGUUGCUGCGCGCGAGUGCGAUGCGCCGGCUGUCAGACGAGGAGCUCCGCGCACAGGCGCACGCCACGGACUUGCAGCUGGGUAGCGACACUAAUGAAGCUGAAAACGAUGGGCAGGCGCGCCGGCAGCUCAUUGAUGAUCCUCUCGUCCCUGGGGUCCAGCCAGUGUCGGAGGCGAUGCGUCAUCUCUACCGGCAGUCCUCGCCGCACAUGGACGAGUACAUGACCUCCAGCGAGGACAAGUUGGACCCUCUUAGCGUCGAGCGUCCGCUCUCGCACGCCAUCACGUUCAACAGCGACGCAGAGGCGGAGGAGCAGCUCAAAUGGGAGGGCUUCUAUCAGGAGCCGUACGUGGACCAGAUGCCGACCGGUGACCUCGACGAUAUGGCGCACACCUACCGACUCACCAACCGCUGGCAUCGCGAGGCGGCGGCGAAGAAGCUGCUGGAGGAGUUGCAGGCCACGUACGGAACGAAAAGUCGCCGAUUUGACUACCAAAAGAUGGGCGAUGUGCUGGAGAUCAACAAUGCCCGCGUGCAGCCGAAGGGGUUCCCGGUAUUGGCGCGAGGCAUGAAGCCGAUCGAGGGUUAG